UCGAGACUCCGCCCACGCGCUGAAGAGCCGCUGAGACCCGCCGACACCACCCGAGACCAUCCGAGAAGCCGAGCCCCGCCGACACCGGCCCGAGACCCUCCGAAGGGCCGAGCCCCGCCGACACCGGCCCGAGACCCUCCGAAGGGCCGAGCCCCGGCGACACCGGCCCGAGACCCUUAGAGAGGCAGAGUGCGGCGGAGCCCCGGCGGCGCGGUAGCCGGCCGGCCGCUGCGGAAAAGAUGAAUUUGCAACUGAUUUUCUGGAUUGGACUGAUUAGCUUGAUUUGCUCUGUAUUUGGUCAAACAGAUAAAAAUAGAUGUUUAAAAGCAAAUGCCAAAUCUUGUGGAGAAUGUAUACAAGCAGGGCCAAAUUGUGGGUGGUGUACAAAUACGACAUUUUUACAAGAAGGAAUGCCUACUUCUGCACGAUGUGAUGAUUUAGAAGCUCUAAAAAAGAAGGGUUGCCAGCCAAGUGACAUAGAAAACCCUAGAGGCUCCCAGACUAUAAAGAAAAAUAAAAAUGUCACCAAUCGCAGCAAAGGGAUGGCAGAGAAGCUCCAGCCGGAAGACAUCACUCAGAUCCAACCGCAGCAGCUGCUUCUGAAGUUGCGAUCAGGAGAACCACAGAAGUUUACAUUAAAAUUCAAGAGGGCUGAAGACUACCCUAUUGAUCUCUACUACCUUAUGGAUCUCUCCUACUCUAUGAAGGAUGACCUGGAGAACGUGAAGAGUCUGGGGACAGAUCUGAUGAAUGAAAUGAGGAGGAUCACUUCAGACUUCCGCAUUGGCUUUGGCUCAUUUGUGGAGAAAACUGUGAUGCCGUACAUUAGUACAACCCCAGCAAAGCUCAGAAACCCUUGUACGAGUGAACAAAACUGCACCAGCCCAUUUAGCUACAAAAAUGUGCUCAGUCUUACUGACAGAGGAGAGUAUUUCAAUGAACUUGUUGGUCAACAGCGCAUAUCUGGUAACUUGGACUCUCCAGAAGGUGGUUUUGAUGCAAUCAUGCAGGUUGCAGUUUGUGGAUCACUGAUUGGCUGGAGGAAUGUGACACGACUGCUGGUGUUUUCUACGGAUGCUGGGUUUCACUUUGCUGGAGAUGGGAAGCUUGGUGGCAUCGUUUUACCCAAUGAUGGACAGUGUCACCUGGAAAAUAAUGUGUAUACAAUGAGCCACUACUAUGAUUAUCCCUCAAUUGCUCAUCUUGUCCAGAAAUUAAGUGAAAAUAAUAUUCAGACAAUUUUCGCAGUUACUGAGGAGUUUCAGCCCGUUUACAAGGAACUGAAGAAUUUAAUUCCUAAGUCAGCGGUGGGCACACUGUCUGGAAACUCCAGUAAUGUGAUCCAGUUGAUCAUUGAUGCCUACAAUUCCCUUUCUUCAGAAGUCAUUCUGGAAAAUAGCAAAUUGCCAGAAGGAGUAACAAUAAAUUACAGAUCAUACUGCAAGAAUGGGGUGAAUGGGACAGGAGAAAAUGGACGAAAGUGUUCCAACAUUUCCAUUGGAGAUGAGGUUCAAUUUGAAAUCAGCAUUACUGCAAAUAAAUGUCCAAAUAAGGAGUCUGAAACUAUUAAAAUUAAACCUCUGGGCUUCACUGAAGAAGUAGAGGUCCUUCUUCAGUUUAUUUGUAAGUGCGAUUGCCAAAGCCACGGCAUCCCAGCAAGUCCCAAGUGCCACGAGGGAAAUGGAACAUUUGAGUGUGGAGCCUGCAGGUGCAAUGAAGGGCGUGUUGGGAGGCACUGUGAAUGCAGCACAGAUGAAGUCAACAGUGAAGACAUGGAUGCUUACUGCAGGAAAGAGAACAGCUCAGAAAUCUGCAGUAACAAUGGAGAGUGUGUCUGCGGACAGUGUGUGUGUAGGAAGAGAGAUAAUACAAAUGAAAUUUACUCUGGCAAAUUCUGCGAAUGUGAUAACUUCAACUGUGAUAGAUCCAAUGGCUUAAUUUGUGGAGGAAAUGGUGUUUGCCGGUGCCGUGUUUGUGAGUGCUUUCCCAAUUACACCGGCAGUGCGUGUGACUGUUCUUUGGACACUGCGCCAUGUGUAGCAUCGAAUGGUCAGAUCUGCAAUGGCCGGGGCAUCUGUGAGUGUGGUGCCUGCAAGUGUACAGAUCCCAAGUUUCAAGGGCCAACCUGUGAGACGUGUCAGACCUGCCUUGGUGUCUGUGCAGAGCAUAAAGAGUGUGUUCAGUGCAGAGCCUUCAAUAAAGGAGAAAAGAAAGACAAGUGUGCAGAGGAGUGCUCCCACUUCAACCUCACCAAGGUGGAGAGCAGGGACAAGCUGCCGCAGCCUGUGCAGGUCGAUCCUGUGACCCACUGCAAGGAGAAGGACAUUGAUGACUGCUGGUUCUACUUCACCUACUCAGUAAACGGCAACAACGAAGCCAUCGUGCAUGUUGUGGAGACUCCAGACUGUCCCACUGGCCCUGACAUCAUCCCAAUUGUGGCAGGUGUGGUUGCCGGGAUUGUUCUUAUUGGCCUGGCCUUGCUGCUGAUUUGGAAGCUUUUAAUGAUAAUUCAUGACAGAAGGGAAUUUGCUAAAUUUGAAAAGGAGAAAAUGAAUGCCAAGUGGGACACAGGUGAAAAUCCUAUUUACAAGAGUGCCGUGACAACUGUGGUCAACCCGAAGUAUGAGGGAAAAUGAGCCCUCCUCAGGCCGAUGUCGCAACACCAAGCUCACAGCAGCAGCGUCUUAGUCACAGUAGGGUAGCUUUGGGGCUCUAUGGCCAGGGCUUUAUUCAUGUGCAGGUUUGGAAAAUGUACAAUAUGUAUAUUUUUAAUUUUUUGUUAUUUUGAAAAUAAUGUUAUAAUCCAUGCCAGGGACUGACAGAAGACUUGAGAAAAGGAUCUUUAUCCUUGUCAGCUGAGGUCACAGCGUGCCUUUUUAACCCUUCCUCCUGGACCAUUUGGAAUCACUGCUGCAGCGAAUGCAGGACAGAGUUGAAGCAGCAGCAUCACAAGCGUCUGCAUGGCAACUGAUUCUCAGCUUUAUAGAUUGGCCGGGGCUGGGUAUGCAGAGUCAAAGCACAGCCCUGCUGGUGGCUCAGGGCUUGGUUCGGCCU